AGUUUGUUAUCCCAAUUUGACAAUCAAUUGAAGAUAAUUUCAUUGUAUAAGUAUAUAUUUGUUUAAUACAUAUAUAUAUACAUAUAAUAAUAUUUUGAUAUAAUAUACAAUAUUUUGAAAAAAAGCUGUGUAAAUUCAAUUUUUAUAUUCACUAUUGCGGAUUCGAGGCUUUUGGACAUUUUAGUAGCAGAAUAUGAGUAGGCAACCCCUACCAAGUGCCUAAUUAGAGAAGACAAACACCGGCAAAGAAGUGCUCUCAUACGUAUAGAAAAUAAACAAAAUGCGUCUGUACUGCCUAAGUAAUGAUUUGGCGAAGCACUGUUAUGUUAUAACCUUCAAGGGUCUACGAAUCAUGCUGGAUUGUGGUCUAACGGAGCAAUCAGUCCUUAAUUUUUUGCCACUUCCUUUCGUACAAAGUGUAAAAUUGUCAAAUUUGCCUAAUUGGAUACCAAAUCGAGAUCAUGAUCCUCAAAUGGACGGCGAAUUGAAAGAGUGUUGCGGUCGAGUUUUUGUCGACUCUGCACCCGAGUUUACAUUGCCGAUGGAUAAAAUGAUGGAUUUUAGUGAGAUUGAUGUGAUAUUAAUAUCAAACUAUCUAAAUAUGCUAGCUCUUCCUUUCAUAACGGAGCACACUGGAUUUAAAGGAAAAGUCUAUGCAACAGAGCCAACGUUACAAAUUGGUCGUUUCUUUCUUGAAGAACUUGUGGAGUAUAUUGAAGUUGCGCCUAAAGCUAGUACAGCUCAUUUGUGGAAAGACGUGUUACAUCUAUUACCCAGUCCUUUAAGUGAGUCAUUUAGACCAAAGAAAUGGAAAACAAUAUUUAAUUUAAAAGAUGUGCACAAUAGUUUGGCGCGCGUAACAAUUAUGGGUUACGAUGAAAAAUUGGAUAUUUUGGGUGCUUUUGUGGCAACUCCCGUCAGUUCGGGAUAUUGUUUAGGAUCGAGUAAUUGGGUUUUAAGCACAGCCCACGAAAAAAUCUGUUAUGUUAGUGGAUCAUCAACCUUAACUACACAUCCUCGUCCAAUCAACCAGAGUGCACUCAAACACGCAGACGUUUUGAUAAUGACGGGUUUAACCCAGGCCCCAACGGUUAAUCCCGAUACAAAAUUAGGAGAACUAUGCAUGAACGUGGCGCUUACUAUUCGAAACAAUGGUUCAGCAUUAAUACCUUGCUAUCCUUCUGGAGUAGUAUACGACCUUUUCGAAUGUCUUACACAGAAUUUGGAAAAUGCGGGAUUAAAUAAUGUGCCAAUGUUCUUUAUUUCACCGGUUGCCGAUAGCUCAUUAGCGUACUCAAAUAUUUUGGCUGAAUGGCUGAGUUCAGCAAAGCAAAACAAAGUCUACCUGCCCGAUGAUCCCUUUCCGCAUGCCUUUUAUUUACGCAAUUCAAAAUUGAAGCACUACAAACAUGUGUUUUCUGAAGGAUUUAGUAAAGAUUUUCGACAGCCUUGUGUAGUAUUUUGUGGACAUCCCAGUCUGCGAUUCGGCGAUGCUGUUCAUUUCGUGGAGAUGUGGGGUCAUAAUGUCAAUAAUUCUAUUAUAUUUACAGAACCAGACUUUCCAUAUCUCCAAGUAUUGGCGCCGUUCCAACCCCUCGCAAUGAAAGCUUUCUAUUGUCCAAUAGACACUUCACUUAAUUAUCAACAGGCAAAUAAAUUAAUAAAGGAACUGAAGCCAAAUGUGUUGGUGAUACCUGAGGCCUAUACAAAGCCACAUCCAAAUGCACCGAAUCUUUUUAUUGAGCAACCGGACAAAAAAAUUAUUACAUUUAAAUGCGGCGAAAUAAUUCGGUUGCCGUUAAAGCGAAAACUCGAUCGUGUUUAUAUAACAUAUGAUAUGGCCCAAAAAAUUGUUCCACGUGACGUGGGUAAUGGUGUAACCGUUUCCACAAUUACUGGCGUCCUUGAAGUAAAGGAUAAAGUACAUAAUAUACACCCAUGUGCGGAUUCUUUAGAUGAUAAGCCAAGUGGUAGUAAAAUGCCUCCUCCCAGCCGAGAAGAUGUGCUUAAAAAUAUGAAAUACGAAUAUGGUACCUUAGACGUAGAUCUGCUCAAGAAACGGUUAAUUCAAGAUGGAAUUACAAACAUAAAAGUAGAGCGUACCAGCAAUGUAGUUAUGCUGCAUUUGAUAAAUGAAGAUACAACGAUAAAAUUUGAUGAGAAUGAAACUCAUAUACUAUGUGGUGGAAAACAGUCGUUACGACUCAAACUGCGUGACUCUAUACUGAAGUGCUUACAAAGCUUUUAAAUAACACACUUUCACCAAAAAAAAGUUACCAAUUAUCUGUUAGCCAGAACUAAAGUGCAACGUUCACAAACACAACCGACAUUAUCAACUGCGAAACGUCUACAACGUGCACAUAGGGUUAAUUCCAAUUUUUGAACAUUAAUAUCGCUAGAAUCUACAUCAUUGGAUGGCUGCAAAGAUACCCUUUGAACUUGUAGUAAUUCACAUAGCUCUGAAAUAUUGGAAGAUACUUCUGCUUUAUCCUCUUGCAAAAGACGUAGCAUUUGCAUUUCCUCAUUGUUUUUGUUGUAUGAAAUUUCUACUGCUAGAUUAAAUGAAUUCGUGCUGCCCGCUUUUUGAUUAACGAUUCGUUUGAUUUCUAAUGCAACACCAACAAUUUUUUCAGCUUCAGCGUCUUUCCAAGCGGGGUCGGCAGUAAAGUUUUGUUGAUGAAAUGCCCUUUUAGGAUCUAAAAAACAAGACCAUAUUUAAGUUUAAAUGUGUUUAAACCGGCAGUAAAUUAAGUUUUACCAUAGUAUUGCCAACUUUCUUCCACUAAGAAUGGUAUAAUAGGCCACAUAGUAGAGCAGAGUACUUUAUAACAAUUUAGCAACGUAUAGUGUAUAUUUUUUAUAUCGAUUUUAUCUCCACAAUACAAUCGAUCUUUAAUAGUGUGAAGAUAUAUUGCUGAAAUUUGGUUUGCAACAAAAUUUUGUGUGUUGGUCACGACACGAUGGUACUCGUAAGUAUCAUACAAUUUCCAAAUCUGAAUAAAAUUAAAUUUUUUAUUAUAUAUAUAUAUGUUAUUUAUCAAACUAAUGGCAUACCUCAUUUUCGUGUUCUACCAACGCACUUAAUAUAUAUCUGUCUAGAAAAGUACUUUUAUCAUUCAGAACUUCCGAUUUAUUGACAAUAACACCAUUUAAAUAGCGUAAAGUAGCGCGAAUUUUGUUGACACUGUCGGCAGCUUGUUGCAUUAACUUCUCACUGACAGUUAUAGACAUGUUUUGCGCACAAUGCGUUGCCACCCACCACCUGAAAAGUGUAAAGUUUAAAAGUUUUUAAUAUUUUUAUAUGUAUCAAUAUUACCUUAAAGCAUCCACUCCGACUUUGUUAAUUAUAUCCUUUGGAGAAAUUACAUUACCUAUGGAUUUUGACAUUUUGUGACCCUUAUCAUCGACUGUGAAGCCAUGUACAAAUAUAGACCUAUUAAAUUUU